AUGGAAAGUCUUCAACGCUGCUCUGUUGGUGUCAAACAUCAAGUCGAGUGUUCUAAGGAAAAACAUUUCAAGAGGAGAAAAGCGUUUAAUGAGAAUGAAAUCUAUCUUUUGGAAAGAAGAACUAAUUGCCCCGGUUUUUCUAACAUUUGCCGCCUACAUCUAAAACGGUACAAAUAUAAAUAUAAAUUUUUUGAAAAAAUAUGUUGCAAUCCUUUUAAUGCACAUAAAAAAAAAACGAAGGGUUUGUGGACUGUUUCAAAGAAUUGUGGCUUGAAAUGCAGAGAAAGUCUCCCAACGGUUUUAGAGGGAAAAAAGUUGUGUGCGACUUGUAAGGUUAAAGUGUUAAAGGUCAUCUCAAUUAAAGCUAAGGACAAUGAUUUAAACCAAGGCGAAGCCGAAGAGGUUGUGUCCCAUGCUGUGGUUAUAGCGGCUGAAAAGCCGGAAAAUUCUUCUUUAACCCAUGAUCCAGGCCCAAGUACUUCUGAUCUGCAAAUAAUUGAAUCUCUUCAAAGCCACGGUUACGGUAGUUCAUCACCUUCCGAUACUAUCGAGCUUAAGGAAACAGUUUAUUCACCUAUAAAAGGGUUUGUUGAUAAAAUUAACACAAGUUUGUCAGCACUGGGUCAGUCACCUAUAAAAACUAAAAAAAGGAUGCGCUCACGUAAAUACGUUAAGAAAAAACUAAAUAAAACAAAUUUGGUGUUUCGUAAGUCAUUUCAAAAAAUAUUAGAAGAUAACAUCGGAAACCCUAUGCUAAGUGACGAGGAUUUUGAUUUAGAGGGAGCUGGCCAAGACAUUAUGAAACAACUUAAGGAAUCAUUUCAGAAGACUAAACAAAUGAGCAGGAAGAUUAUGAUAUUAUCAUUGUCACCUAAAAGUUGGAGCAAGCAACAAAUUAUGUCCUAUUUCGGAGCCACAAAAUAUAUGGUGGAAAAGAUGAAAGACUGUGUGAAAGAAAAAGGCAUUCUCUGUACUCCAGAUCCAGGAAAAGGCAAGAUAUUGCCCGAUCACCUGAGAGAUUUAGUAGUGGGUUUUUAUAGAGAGCCUCAAAUCAGCCGUGAGCUUCCUGGAGCAAAAGAAUACAAGAGCGUACUUGAGGAUGGCAAGCGGGUACAAAAGCAAAAGCGACUUGUUUUAGGCACCCUAAAAGAAAUUUAUGAGGCUUUUAAAACUACCCAUCCUAACAAGAACAUCGGGUUUUCCAAGUUUUGUCAGCUUCGUCCUGCCGAAUGUGUACUUGCAGGCGCUUCAGGCACCCACUCCGUAUGUGUGUGUCAGACGCACCAAAAUUUUAAACUUAUGUUCAUGGGGGCUCGACUAAACCAACUAAAACUCCCUGAGGAAGAUUCACCCUUUCACAAUUACAGAGACAUCCUACUUUCAACGAUAUGUGAGUCACAAAGUAAUGAUUGCUAUAGAGGGACCUGCAAAAAAUGCCCAGGAGAUGAAAAAUUAGAAAAAAUACUUCGGUGCCAAUUGGAAAGUAACUAUAUCGAUGACAUAACCUAUUAUCAAUGGCAGCAAACGGAUCGUUGUUCUCUAGAAAAAAUAACUGCAUCUGCAGAUGAAUUUAUAGAAAAACUGCUGUCAAAUAUACCAAAUGUAAGAAAGCAUGACUUUGUUGCGAAGAAGCAAUCAGAUUUUUUUAAGAGAGUGCGAGAUAAUUUACCUCAUGAUGAAGUUCUGGUUAUAGCUGAUUUUUCAGAAAAUUAUCAUUUUAUUAUACAAGACAGUGUUCAAGGUGUGCACUGGGACAACACUCAGGCCACCGUUCAUCCGUUUGCUUGUUAUUUCCGGGACGCAGAAGGUGAAGUAAAACCUCUAAGUCUUGUCAUUAUCUCAGACUCACUAGAACACAGCACCACCUCCGUUCACGCUUUUCAAAGGGUCCUUAUAAGCUUUUUAAUAAAAAAAAACCCAUCUCUUAAGAAAGUAAUAUAUUUUUCAGAUGGUGCCUCUUCACAAUACAAAAAUAGAUAUAAUGUUACUAAUGUACUGUUUCAUGAAGACGAUUUCGGAAUACCCGCAGAAUGGCACUACUAUGCAACGUCACACGGUAAGGGGCCGAGUGACGGCCUGGGGGGUACUCUAAAGAGGAAUGCUUCAAGAGCGAGCCUGCAACGUCCAGAAGACAAGCAGAUCAAGACGCCCAAGGACCUCUUUGAUUGGGCCACAAGCAAAGAGAAUAAAAUGAAUUUUGCUUUUGUUUCGACAGAUGAUAUUAAGUCUGAGGGAAAAGCUGUAGCUGCCCGAUUUCGGGGUGCAUGCGAAGUCAAGGGAAUUAGGCAAUAUCAUGCAGCUAUACCCGUAUCUUCACAAAUCAUCUGCAUGAAAUAUAUUUCAGAAGAGUCAACCGGAAUAAACAUCCAAAUGAGGAACUCUAAUGCCAAUGCCGAUAAUUUCGAACCAAUAAAUACAUAUUCUACCCGCAUGAGUAGCAAAAAAGGUCUGACGGAUGAGGAAUUAGCAAAGAUAUUAGCGAACUUAUCAGAAAGUGAGGAUGGUCUGGACUUUUCAGACACUGAUAGUGUGGCUGACCUUCCAUAUUUACCGAGUGACGACGAAGAUGAUGCAAGAACUGCCAGUCCAAUAAUUUUCGCAAAUGAAGAGGAUGAAAUUGAAAGUGAAAGUGUCUUGGAAUUUGAUCAACCCUCCACUUCAACGGCUACGCAAGACACGUUACCCAAGUCCAAAUCUCAAAAAGGAAAAGGUAAAUCUAAACAGAAGAAAGAGAAAGUAAAAUGGAACCAUGUGGGUAUCAAGCUAAAUGAAGAACAACUUACCUUUCAUGGAUCUACAGACCUUCCUUCUGCUAUUUUAAAUUUGUAG